AUGAAGACGGGCAAUGGUGGGGUCUUGGCGGCUGCAGUGCUCUCUGGCCUUUUCCUAUUGAUCGUUCUUGUCCUGCUCGUCUUCGUCCUCAGGAAAUACAUUCGUCGUUCCGUGCAUCGACAGCGUGGCUACCAGACACUUUCAGACACUUCACGAUCGAGCCAACACCAGUAUGAUGGAUCGGUACUGGUUGAAGCUCACGCACAGCACCACAGGCAGAUUCGCACUACAACUGAGCUCAACCUCGCCGCGGCAGAUCUUGUAGUGGACACCAAAGCAGCUCAUCCUGCAGCUCUCGAUUCACGUUACUCCUGCGAUGGUGCCAAUGCCUAUCCCGUCAUACCAGCUCAGGUCAAGCAGCAUGGAGAGGGUGCGACUAAGCCAGGCUCCUUGCGCCCCAUCGACAACGGCAGUGCGGACCAGGACACUCGACGAAAAAGCAGAACAAAGCAGCCUAAGGCAUCCUCUCCUCCAAGGUCUAUACGGCAAGGCGCUAUGAUACGCGCUGCGAUUGCAGCUUCCACGCACGAUGAGCGCACAUCGAACUCUUAUGCCAAGAAAGAACCCAACGGACUCACUCCUUGGGAGCGACUCGCCGAUGCUAGAGCCGCCACCACAAACUCCUUUGCAGACACAACAGGUCAUCUGAGUGGAAGUACGACUACUGAUGCAAUAGAUGCCUCGCCUCAAAUUCUACACGGAAAAUUCCUUUUUGAGCGUGAGCAUGAUAUAGCAAGUAGUUUGACAAAGACCACCACCCUGCAGCAGCAAGGUCUUCCAGCUGCCGGUUUGGACUGCGAGAGACACGGUCGACGAGAUAUGUCUCGAAGCGAUUUGCCAUCUGAGCGGACCUUGCUUGCUCGACGCUCAACCAUGCUGGCUCAGCAGUACGCGGAUCUUGGUUUGUCAGUCCCCACCGAGAUCACGUUUGAUGUUUGCUAG